AUGUUGGUUGACAUGGUUGAUGAUGCCUGGGACAAAUUGGCCAGGGAAGAUGCAAAAGCAAGCUGUGCGUGUGUGCGUGUUUGCAUAUUUGUACGCAGUAUUUCCCGUCUGCCUUGCGGUUCUAUACAUAAAUCUGUGUCAUUUGAUGCUUCACUGCUCGCUUACAGUACUCGUCGAGCUGUGGAGGCGAGCUGGUUUACACAUUGGGGCUCAAAAAUCCUCGUCCGGCGGCCGCUGCCAAACAGAACCUCAACCCCCUUUCGACAUGGGUCGCUCCCUGCUGCGAAACCCAGGCGCGUUACAAAACUGCAUCAAAUCCCCACCGCCACCGUUAUGCCCGACUGCCCUGACGCCGGCUCCAAGCCUUUCCAUGUCCACUAUCCCACUUGGCCUGACGGUUGA